CUGUAAAUAAAUGAGAUCAUCAAAUGAAAUCGUGACAAUCUAAAUGUCAAAACAAGGAAACUUAUUAUUUAGAUUUGGGAAAAUUAUUGGUUAAACACAUCAAAAAUGGGUUUGUUCGGCAAGUCUCCUGAAAGAAAUCCAAAAGAAAUGGUAAACGAAUGGUCACAUAAACUUAGAAAAGAAGGAUAUAAUUUAGAACGACAAAUCAGAGCCAUACAAAGAGAGGAGGAAAAAAUCAAACGGUCCUUGAAAGAAGCAGCCACAAAGAAUGAUAAACAAGUGUGCAAUAUAUUAGCUAAAGAGAUUAUUAGGUCAAGAAAAGCAAUAAGCAAGAUCUACACAAGCAAAGCACAUCUGAACUCUGUACAGAUGCAGAUGAAAAACCAAUUAGCUACAUUAAGGGUUGCAGGAUCAUUACAAAAAUCUACAGAAGUGAUGCAAGCAAUGCAGUCGCUGGUUCGGCUCCCCGAGAUAGCUCACACAAUGCAAGAGCUCUCCAAGGAAAUGAUGAAGGCGGGCAUCAUCGAGGAGAUGCUAGACGAGACCAUGUCCGGCCUCGAGGAUGAAGAAGAGAUGGAGGAGGCAGCACAGGGGGAGAUUGAUAAGGUGCUAUGGGAGCUCACACAGGGCAAGCUGGGCGAGGCGCCGGCGCCCCCCACCGCGGUCGGCGCGCCCUCCACCAGCCAGGAGACUGAAGCUCCGGAGCCAGAUGAGAGCGAGCUGGAUGAGAUGCAGACGCGGUUGGAGGCUUUGCGCUCGUAGAGGCGUCUACGCGUAGGAGGCUA